CCGGGAUUAAACCAUCUGCCUGAAGAGUAGAUGUUGUUUUUAGUUACCAGAAUAAUUCCGCUAAGCGGAUUUAAGUGCUUGGUUCUAAAAGGAAUAACUUCGAAAAGUUGGUUGCAUAGCAAAUUCUCUGUGAAACGAUAGCAAAAUGUUCUCGGAAGCAUGUGAUCCGUUGAAGCAUACGAGCAUGUAUGAGAGGGCGGAAGAAGAUAGCGAGGACAGUGAUGAGGAAGGAGGACUUGGAAACGUGAGUCGGAUUAUCAUUCGACCUCCAGGCCACAGCGGCAAAGCGAAACGUGGUCACCUGUGCUUCGAUGCUGCCUUCGAAACCGGCAACCUGGGCCGGGUGGACCUGGUGGGUGAGUUUGAGUACGAUUUGUUUCUGCGGCCGGACACCUGCAACCCGAGGUACCGGUUCUGGUUCAACUUCACCGUAGACAACGUCAAACAGGACCAGCGGGUGAUUUUCAACAUCGUUAACAUCAACAAGAGCCGCAGCCUGUUCAAGGACGGUAUGACGCCACUAGUGAAAUCGUCCAGCCGACCCAAAUGGCAACGACUCCCGCGGUGUGAAGUUUUCUACUAUAAGUCGGCUGUCCACCAGAAUCACUACGUGCUGAGCUUCGCGUUCGGAUUCGACAAGGAAGACGAAGUGUACCAGUUUGCGCUAACGUUUCCGUAUUCCUACUCGAAGCUGCAAGCCUACCUGAAUGCGCUGGAAACGAAGUUCCCCGAAUCUUUCGAGCGGGCCACACUCGGAAUGACUAUUCAAAAUCGCAAACUGGAGCUCAUCACGUUCGAUGACGUGAAAAAACCAGAAAAAGUCGAUCAGAAAAACCUGAUCCACAUGGUUGUUAUACUGGCAAGGAUACACCCGGGCGAGUCUCCCGCUUCGUACGUUGUGCAAGGUCUUAUCGAAUAUCUUGCAGCGGCUAAUCAACCCAUUUCGAAGGCAUUGCGGGAGAAUGUAGUGUUCAAAAUCAUUCCAAUGCUCAAUCCAGACGGAGUCUUCCUUGGAAAUAAUCGAUGUAACGUUAUUGGACACGAUUUGAACCGAACCUGGAACAAAUUAUCUCAAUACACACACCCGACACUGGCGGCUGCCAUGAAGAUGUUGAAGGAGUAUGAUAAUUCUAGUUGUUAUCAGGUAGAUUUUGUGAUCGAUAUUCAUGCUCAUUCUACAUUAACGGGAACAUUCAUCUAUGGCAGCACGUACGACAAUGUCUACCGAUAUGAGAGGCACCUGGUGUUUCCUAAACUGUUCGCUUCCAAAUGCGAGGAUUUUUGCCAGGAGCAUAUGAUGUUCAACGCAGACGACCGAAAGUCCGGGACGGCAAGACGAUUUUUCGUUGAUGCGCUUAGCGAUAACGUCAACACCUACACACUAGAGGUGUCCAUGUGCGGGUACUAUUUGAAUGGUACAAAUAUUCUAACGCAGUAUACCGAAGAUGGAUAUAUGCGAAUCGGGCGGAACUUGGCACGAACGUUCCUAGAGUACUAUCGCUUUACGAACAUCCUCCCAAUUCCGCCAGUAGACGAGCUGCGAACUCGCAAGGGAAGACCUCGUACGCAUCGAUCUAGAACUCGUUCGAGGACGCGAAGUGAAGUGCGCACGCGCCCAAAAACGGUUCGCACUUAUGCCCCCAUAAGCUACACAGAUCUUUCGAUCUGUUACGAUAGUUCAAGCUCUCCAGAGGGAUCGCCCAUUCGGUACAUGUACUCUACCUACGGAGGUUUUCGUAUGCGGCCCCCUGGGCCACCGGAUCAGUAUUCGCUAUCCAGCAUCCAGGCGGCUCGCUUUAGCAAUCUGGAUUUCAGUAGCGACUAUCGAUUCAAGGUUACAUCCAAACCGAAAACAACCGUCGAACAUAAGAUGCCUCCAAUUGAGAUUCUGAACGUUCCGCCAAAACCCUGCCUUACCAUAAUAGACUUCAAUCAGUUAACCCGCGGUGGCCUCGAAGCGGCAACUUCCGGGCGAUCGUUCGAGAGGGAAAAGGAAAAAAUUCGGCGCCACACGGUCAAAGCCUCGAGCUCAAGAAAAGCGUAAUCUAAGAAACUCAAUUUUUAAAACUCGUUUUUUAUUGUCAAAAUUUAUACCAAUUGCUUACAUUUAACUUCGAAAUACAGGUUUCUAUAAACGCCACAAAAGCUUCGGUUCCACAGAUUAGGACCUGAAACGAAUUCGGAGCGAAUUUUUGCAAUAAAUUUUCUA